AUGGCUGCUAAUGGCAUUCAAAAUAUCGAUCAAGUGGUGCUUAACUUGUACGCAUUUGAAGCUGCUGUAGCUAUUGGCGGAGACUUCGACGCAUGCAUUGAAAACAUUGACAUUGGUGGACCAUCCAUGCUGCACUCAUCGGCAAAGAAUCACAAAGCUGUAGUCAUUUGCUCAAGUCCGUCGCAGUACUCAUCGCUUGUUCAAGAGCUCGAAACCAAAAACGAAUCCUUUAGCACUUCGAUUAAAUUUCGACGUCGCUGCGCCGCUGCAGCCUUUUCCCUCGCGGCGUCGUACGACUCGUCGAUCUCGUCGUGGUUUAACGGUGAGCUUGGCACGUCAGCUCCAACUCUUCCGCUAGUAUUUAACACUGAUUUUCCACUCAAGUAUGGUUGCAAUCCACAUGAGAACCCGGCUGCGAUUCUCAGUCAUGUAGGUACCACGCUACCGUUCAAGGUGCUUGAUGGAAUUCCAGGGUAUAUCAAUUGA